AUGUCAGAGAUUCCUAUUCAUAUUCGACAUUGCAUUUUGUAUGAGUUCCAACAGGGGAACAAUGCAAGUGCUGCUGUUCGCAAUAUAUGUGCUGCACUUGGUGAAGGUGUUGUUGCUGAUCGCACUUGUCAAGAUUGGUUUAAAAAGUUUCUGGAAGGUGCCAUGACAUUGGAAGAUCGUCCAAGAUCUGGACGUCCUAUGGAAUAUGAUAUUGAACGAUUAAAAAUCCUGAUCAAAGACAAUCCACAAUUAACCACCCGUGAAUUAUCAGCUAUGCUUGGGGAUCAUCAUUCAAAUGAAGUCACUGCAACUGUUGAAAUUGUCAUGUAA